AUGUCUGCUGCUAAAAUUAAUAUUUUUUUAACCGGUGCUACUGGUUAUAUAGGAGGAAGUGUUUUAACUGCACUUCUUCAACAUCCAAAUGCUUCUAAUUUCAAUAUUACUGCUCUUAUUCGUGGUAGUGAUGAACGAAUUAAAAAAUUAGCAUCUCUCAAUGUCACACCUCUUGUUGGUUCGAUAGACUCGUUUGAAAUCAUCGAAAAAGUUGCAAGUGAAUCUGAUGUUGUCAUUCACAAUGCAGAAUCAACUUGGCAUUUACCAUCAGCCCAAGCCAUUGUUUCUGGUUUGAACAAACGAACCAAGUCAGUAGAAAGACCAGCAAUUUAUAUUCAUACAAGCGGCACAAGUCUUGUUGCUGAAGAUGUUCGUGGGGGAAAAGGAUCAGAUAAAGUCUACAGUGAUCUUGAUCCUGCUCAAAUCUAUGGUCUUCCUGAUGAUCAAGAUAUACAUGAUGUUGAUCUCUUUAUUGUUAAUUCAGCUGAUAGCAAUCCUUUAUUGAAAACUGCUAUCAUUCUUCCUCCUACUAUUUAUGGUAUUGGUACAGGUUUAUUUAAUCGUACUUCUAUUCAACUUCCUUGUCUUAUUGAACUUGCUUUGAAACGACAUAAGGCCGGAAUGAUCGGACCAGGCGAAGCAACAUGGAAUAAUGUUCAUAUUGCUGAUUUAUGUAAUGCUUAUAUGAUCAUUUUCGAUCAUUUUCUUGCUGCUUAUGGUCCAGAUGCUAAACCUGAUGCACAACUUAGUCCAUAUUUGACUACAGGACGAGAAGGUUAUUAUUUUAUUGAAAAUGGGAUGCACACAUGGCGACAACUAUCAGAAAAAAUUGGUGAAGUUUUAUACAAGAAAGGUAUUGUUAAGUCACCCGAAGUGACAAGUUUCUCCGAUGACGAAGUGGAAAACAGUCCUUUCGAAAUAUAUGGUUGGUUUUAUAUGGGUAGUCAAUCAAAUUCAACAGCUGAAAGAGUAAGAAAACUAGGAUGGAAACCACAUCGAUCCAGUAUUUUUGAUAGUGUUGAAGAACAGAUUGAUGCUUUAAUCACCAACACAACAGACUAA